AAUAUGAGUAAAGCAAAGAAAAAAGAACAAGAAAGUUUUGGGGAUUACAUGCCAUCGACGGGAAAACCUGAUAGUCCUCGGAGAAGGUCACCACAGAAGGCACCUGCCAGUGACCCUUUUGAUAUUUUUGGUGAUAAAGAACCAAGACCCAAUGCAAGAUCAGCAGCUCAGAGAAAGACUGUUUGAAUCAGAUGAUGGUAUACAAGGGAAUAUGCAGUGUAAGAAAGGACCAAGUAGACUGUUGGGGAAGGAAAAGGAGACAAAAAAUGAAAGUGAUUUAAAUAAAGGAGAUGCAGUUAGUUCAUUUAAGCAGUUACAGUCAGAAAGUCAGAAAAAAGCUGUUGGAGGUGGUGGUAAAAGUGACUGGCUGUUUGAUGGUUUGGAAAGUGAAAUGCAUCAAGUGAAGAAUGCAGAAAUAGCAUCUAAAUCAGCUGAACCAAAAGAAGUUAGCAUCCAAAAAAAACCACCUUCAGUCAGCAAAAGUCCGAACUGGCAUGGGAGUAAUUUAUCAACGGACAAGAAACACUCGAGUGAAUUUAAACAGGUAGCUCCUCCUAGCAAUAUUUCUGCUGACUUUACUGCGCCAUCAGUUCAACAGCUAAAAGAAUCACUACAUUCUAGAAGUGAAGACAAUAGAGAUGGUCACCAAUCUAAAGCUCACAGUUCGAGUUCUUUCCCUCCUGUCAUGCAUAAACCAUCAGGUUAAAUUACGGAGUGCAGAAAUCGAAGUUGCAAGAUUGCAAGCUGAACUCGAGUUAAUUCAUAAUCAACAUUCAAAAGAAUUAUCAAUAUUGGAAAAUGCUAAUGUAAGACGGAUGAAUAUAGAAAAAGAGGUUUGGGAACAGACGGAAAAGCACUUACGAGAAGAGAAAGACUCCAUAGUAAAGGAACUACAGAGCAAGCUCUCCACCUUACAAUUAGAGAAGGACAGCUUGGUAGCUGCAUAUGAAGUUCAGCUGGGACUUGUGAAGUCUGAGUGGUCCCAGGCAUUGGAAAGAACAAAGGAAUUAUACAUGGGAAUAAUGGAGAAGAUGAAAGAAGAACACAAUGGAGCUCUACAAAGGAUUACUGAUCUAAAAGAAUUAGAGCUGAAAGCAGCUGUCUCGGCCACAGGACAUGUGAGGGAGAUGGAGGUGGUGAUGAAUCAGCUAGAAAGUAAUGCAUCCAACCUUUCAGAGAUAACAGCAAUCAUUAACAGCAAGCAAGAUUCAGCACUGGAAAUGAUGCAAAGAGCACUGAAGAUUAAGGAGAAACAGUUAAAGGAUUUUGAAGCCCAGCUUGCAGCUACACAGGUAGAAAAUGAAAGUGAGAGAGGGAGGCUUAGUUCUCUCAUUCAUAGACUGGAAAAUACUUUAGUUCAACAAGGAUCAGAGGUUGAAAAAGAAAGAUGGAGCUUUGCACAGAAACAAAUGAAGAUAGAAAUUGAAAGGCAAGCAAUAGCAGAAGAAAGAAGACAUUUACAGUUCAGUGUGGAUAUCGAGAGGCAGAACCUUGCUAAAGCUCGUGAAAUGUUAAUAGAGGAACACCGAGGAAUGCUUCAGGAUAUAGCAAAGCAGAAACAAGAGAUAGAGACACAACAAGCACAAUUAAAAAAGAAGAAACUAAAUGAAUUAUAUUCUUUGAAUGUCAUUCCUGCAACAAGCCACUUCAGCCUGAAUCAAGGUAAUCCAGAUGCAGAGUCCACCUUCUUAAAGAAUGAGCACCGUCGCUUAAAGGAAAACUUGUAGCUAUUCAACGUCGAGAACAAGAAGUGAGAGAAAACGAGGACAGAUCAGAAAACUUUCU